AUGUUGUCAUCUCCAUCGCCCCCCUCCCUCCCAGUUUGCUCGGCCCCCCCCCCAUCCCAUCGUACUAUGACCUCUGGCCCCUUCGGUGUCACUAUGGAAACCUACUGGAGCGAAGUGCGAAGCAUCGAGGAGGAGGAGGAGGAGGAGGAGGGGGAGGAGGGGGAGGAAGAGGAGGAGAGGAAGAGCAUGGACGAGGUGGAGCUGGAGGAGGCGUGGCUGACAGAGGCUGGGUUAUCCUCCCUAGUGAGCGUCUCCACCGAGGAAGAGGCCCCGCCUCCUCCAGAGGCACUACUGUCCACGUUGUCACGACAACAAGUCGCCACAGUGAAGAAGAGGCUGGACAAGUACAAUGAAACGCUGAGGACGAGAAACAGACAGCCAAUCAGAGACGUCCGAGAUGUCUUCACUGAGCCUGAUGAUGACUCAGCAGAAAGAUGCCCCUCCCCUCCCACUCCUCAUGCCGAAUCACCACAAAGUCGUUACCACACCACGACCAAAACCAUCCGCCGCCACACUCACAGAGUUCGACCUGCCCUCCAUAUGAUUGUUUUUGAGGAUUUAUUACCUGAAGACCCACAGAGACACCCACCAUCUCACCCAGCCUCACCCACAGACUCACACUCUCCAUCUGUCCCCCAGUGGAGAGAAGCUGAUUGGCUGCUGCGGGAUUGUCCGUACUCAGAGAGUGUGGCUGACCACAAACAGGGUGGGACUUGCUGGGACUGUCUGCGUUUCCAUGGAGAUGAAAACAGUGACCUGCCGUUCGUACCUGUCUCACCCUCUCAGGGUCUCACCUGUGCUGACGACCUGUCGUCAUGUGACCUGCAACGCCUCGGCUUCAUCUGUCACAUUGAGCUCUCCACCUUCCUGUUUUCUCUGGGCAUCCAAACCAAACGGAGCCGCCCGCCACGCUGCAGGAACCGGGAUGGCGGUGUGUUUGCUGUUCCUUUGAACUCGCUGUUGGAGAACGACAGGAAGAAGUUCCCAGGAGUCAAAGUUCCUGUUGUCUUCCAGAAGUUGUUGUGUAUUUUAGAGCAGACUGGUCUGCAGACAGAAGGAAUUCUAAGGGUACCAGCAUCAGCUGCAAGACUGAAGUUCCUGAGGAAAGAGUUAGACCAGAGUGGCGGAGAGUUUGACUGGUCGACAGUGAGACAGGUGGACGCCGCCGGCCUGCUGAAGCUUUUCAUCAGAGAGCUGCCGACGCCACUGCUGACUCAAACGCACCUGAACACCUACCGCUCUGUGCUGGGUGUCUCGUCUGUGGUCCACCAGGUUCAGGCUCUCCAGCUGCUCUGCCUGUUGCUACCUGAAGCUCACAGAGACACACUCAAAGCACUACUGCUGUUUCUUCAUAAAGUGGUCUCUCAUCAGGACCAGAAUAGGAUGUCCCUGUGGAACGUCUCAAUGGUAAUGGCACCCAACUUGUUUUCCUGGCAUCACCGUGGCAACAAGCUCUCUGUCACCAAGCAUCCAGAGGAGAUGGAAGAGGCAGUGGGAGGAGCUCACCUGGUCCGCCUGAUGAUCACGCACCAGGAGACUUUGUGGACUGUCCCACACUUCCUGAUGUCCCAGCUGAGACAAGUAAACCAGGCAUCCAGUCAGAGACAGCUGGGCCUGAACAAGACCAAAAGACGCCUGCUGAGGAGGAAGAAUGACAAAAACCACAAAGACCAGAUCACAGAGUUGUGUGAAGAUGUUAUCCGGGUGCAUGCCCCCCUACACACCAAGGUUUCCAUGGCGAUACAGCUGGAUGGACAGAUGACGGCCAGAGAUGUUGCUGCCCGCUUCGAGUGUAACAACAGCUCACCUGGUCAGCACCUGUAUGAAGUGGGAGGGAACAUCAAUGAGCGUCGCCUCCAUCCUGACUGCCUGCUAUUGGAUGUUUACCGAGUAAAUCCUCACUGUGAUUGGCUGAUUAAACCCUGACACGUGGACUAACAACCAGAGUGAUGACAUCACUUCCUGACAUCAGAUAAACAUCAGUAUUUCAUUUUA